UUAUGUGUGAGCGAGCUUCUGGUUCCUACUCGAAAACCACCAUCAAUUGCUUUGCGCACCCUCACAAUGGCACCUCUUCUUGCUGGUCUACUUUGUCUCGCCUCUUUGGCGACGGCGCAAACCUCGGGCACUUUCAAUGCCAUGACCAUGAAUGUUGCUGGCUUGCCUCCGAUCCUGAACGGCAACGACAUCCCCGGCGACAAAACGACAAACACUGCUCGCAUUGGGCAGCUGUUCAGCGAAUACAACAUCUCCAUCAUCCAUGUCCAGGAGGACUUCAACUUCCAUGCGACCUUGUACGCCAACGACGACCACCCCUUCCGAACCCCGACCAGUGGAGGUGUGCCCUUUGGCAGCGGGCUGAACACUCUGAGCAACUUCGAUUGGACCGACUUCAAGCGCAUCAAGUGGAAUGUGUGCAGCAACUUUGACAGUGCCGAUUGUUUGACGCCGAAGGGCUUCACCUUCAUGCGUAUGACUGUCGCCCCAGGAUUUACGUUGGAUGCAUACAACCUUCACGCGGAUGCUGGAACAAGCGCUGCCGAUCUGAAAGCUCGCGCAGCUAACAUCAAGCAAGUCUCAGACUACAUCAAGACCUACUCUGCUGGCAAUGCAGUUCUCGUUUUCGGCGACUCCAAUACAAGAUACACUCGUGCCGAUGACAACCCAGGUCUCUUUGCUGCCGAAAACGGCAUGAAAGAUGUUUGGGUCGAGUUGGCAAAGGGUGGUGUUCCUCCUGCGCCUGGUUCCGAGACCUUGGGUUGCAGCAACCCAUCCACUACGACUGACUGCGAGAUCGUUGAUAAGAUGUGGUACCGUGGCUCCCCUGCAAUCACACUCAACGCGACCAGGUUUCAAUACGCUGGAAAUCAAUUCCUCCAGGUGGAUGGAAAUAUCUUGACCGACCAUGACCCUGUUCUCGUGGACUUUGAAUGGUCCAUGGACACCAAACUUAGUGUAGGUGAGUCCUUCGGGGGUGUUGAUGGGACUUGGUUUAACGAUCUCGAUGCGCUCGCUGCAGCCUCCUCCGCGAAGAUCUCAACUUUAACGCUGCGCGGAGCCGACCGUGUGGAUGCUAUCUCGACUACGCUUUCUACUGGGGAAGUCCUAUCACACGGCGGUACCGGGGGCACUGCAACUACUUUGACGCUCAACAGCGGAGAGACACUUCAAAGCGCUGUGCUCUGCAGAGGAAGCAAGAAUAACAAGCCACGCAUCUUCUCCGCAACCUUCACGACGAGCGCCGGCAGAACUCUUACUGCUGGGAAAGCGACAAGUGACUGUGCAACCAUCAGUGCUCCCAGUGGGUACGCGAUCGCCGGGUUUUAUGGACACGAUGGUGAUGAGAUUGAUAAGUUGGGAUUCAUCUACUCGCGAGUUUGA